UUUUUUCGUUGUAGUCUCGCUCUGUGUAUUCCCGCACUUUCGCGGCACAGAAUUUCUUUGUUGUUUUCCGAUGUCUUGCCCUCUCAUGGAUUUUUUACCCUCUUCCGAGAGGUUUGUGAAAUAAAAGCUUACAACAGCACAGUAAAAAAUCCACUACCUCGGACGAGAGCAGCCAUCCAGUAUGGAACCUCAUCAAAAUCCACAGCUACGGGAGUCCAGGAGCCUCACUUCCUUGGGCUUACAACAGUUUGAAAGUAUGGUAGCUAAACAUGUGUCAAAACUUAGUUGUAUCAAGCGAGACAUUGAUUCUCUCAUAAUGGACAUAGAUGAAAACCCGGUUAUGACAUUUGAAAGAGCAAAGAUUUUUAAGUCAUCAUUAACAAAACUGAUGCUUAAAUACGACAAAGCAUCCGCAGAGUUUGCAUCCUACUUACAAAGUCAGCGCCACGAAAACAGUCUAAGGGAAGAGUCUUCAAGGUCCCUGAUUAAUAAAACUUUACAAGAUAAAGUGAGAAUUGUGCUGAAACAAUUAGACGACAUUCUACCAAAGCCAGGUUCCCAAAAAUCCGAACGUACUUACAAGACCACUUCGAGUUCACAUCUUACAGCCGUGAUGCUUGAACACACAGCCAAGGUAGAGGAAGUCAGAGCUAGAAUGAGGUACGCAGAAGAAGAGGCUGAACUUAUGAAGAAAGAAGCAGAUUUAAAGGCAGCCCGCUGCGUGCUUACAGUUAAACGCGAAUAUGACGCUGCACAAUCAAGCUUGAGAGCUAUCAAAAGGGUGUUUGAUUUCUCAGACAAUGAGUCUUUAGGUGGCAGCUUUCCACCUGAUAAAUUUGAGGAUAUAGACUAUCUCCCAAGAUCAUCAAUCAAAGAGCAUAAUACAGAAACCUCGGAGCAUAAUAUGGACAAUCCAAUCCAACAUUUGGAUAUCCCGUCAACACUAGAAUACACAGAAAAGUUUGUGCGAGAUCAGACCGACUCCAUUAAACCCUCGAUUCUCAACCCUGAAGCUCCUGUGUUUGUGCAGCAAACUAACUCUGUGUCUAGUGACACUCAUGAACUGGCAAAACUUCUUGCCAAAAAACAAUUACUCCCUGCACGCUUGACCACUUUCGAUGAUAUCCCUGGACAUUAUUACGCAUGGAAGUCUACGUUUGAAAACGUAAUGAGUGAGUUGGGUGCCUCUCCACUCGAAAGACUUGAUCUACUUAUUCAGAAUCUCGGCACCAACUCCAAACGACAGGCUAUGAACAUUAGAAGUGCAAACCCAAACGAACCUUCCCGCGCAUUGAUACUAAUUUGGGAGAGGCUUGAUUCAAGAUUUGGUAGUCCAGAGAGCAUUGAGUCUUCGUUAAAGGACAGAGUGUCAGCAUUUCCAGUUUUAAAGAAUACUGAUAGAAGCCAACUCUUCGAAUUGUCAGACUUGCUUAUGGAGAUCGAUUCCAUCAAGCGUGAUGAGCGAUUUUCACUACUCUUUGCCUACUAUGACUCCAGUACUGGAAUAAAUCCAAUUGUGAGAAAACUCCCAUAUAGCAUACAAGAAAAGUGGACAAAUGAAGCGAAUAGGUACAAAGAAGCUAAUAAAGUGACAUUUCCACCAUUCUCCCUUUUUGUAUCAUUUAUACAAAGAACGGCCCGCAUUCGGAAUGACCCUGGGUUUGUUUUUGACAACAACAAUAGUACUCGACAGGAUAGUGACACAAGAACAUUCAGGAGACCAGUUAGUCCUAAAGCACACAUUUCUACAAGAAAAACAGAGGUGAAGAGUGAAGUCUGUCCUAUACAUGGAACAAACCAUACACUCAACAUGUGUCGCCAGUUUCGUUCCAAACCUUUAACUGAGAGACGAAACUACAUUCGAGACAAUGGUUAUUGUUUCAAAUGUUGUGGUCAGAAAAAACAUCUUGGAAAGACUUGCAAGGAGACAGUGAGAUGCGAGGUUUGUCGUUCGAGUGAACAUCCUUCCGCACUCCAUUCAGAUCCUCGAGUACCUAUUCCCCAGAGGGCUCAUGAAGGGGAGAACAAUCAUGCUACUGAUGCAACUGUUUUCAACAAAUGCACCAAAAUCUGUAAAGUUCCAGGAUAUACCUCCAAGUCCUGUGCCAAAAUAGUGUUGGUCAGAGUGUAUCCUCAUGGACAGCGUCACCACUGUAGAGUACUCUAUUGCAUGAUCGAUGAUCAGAGCAACAGGUCAUUAGCGGUUUCAAAGUUCUUUGACGCCUUUGGUGAACAUGGGAAAGAGACGGAAUAUGUUUUGUCCUCAUGCGCAGGAAGAUUUAAUGUGGCUGGACGGAGAGCCUCAGGAUACGUGGUAGAAUCUCUGGAUGGAUCAUGUGCUUUGAAACUGCCCAACUUAAUAGAAUGCAACGACAUCCCAAAUAAUCGUGAAGAGAUUCCGUCACCUGCUGCUGCCAGAAACUUCCCUCACCUGAAAGGUAUCGCUUCGUCAAUACCAGGAUUGAAUGAGCAAGCUGACAUAGAAUUGCUGAUUGGGCGUGAUCUUAUUACGGCACAUCAUGUGUUAGAACAGCGAAUCUGGAAGGAUGACCUACCCUAUGGUCAACGAUUACCCCUGGGCUGGGUUGUUAUUGGAAAUGUAUGCCUUGGAAAAGUACAUGGUCCUGACAUAGUGAACGUCAACAAAACAGCUGUUCUUAGUAAUGGUCGCCCUACAUUGAUGAGAAAUUGCAAGAACAAGAUUUAUGUAGACAUGGACCCAGUAUUUAAGAAAACAGAACAUGAUGAAAAACCAGGACUGUCAAUAGAAGAUCAAGAUAUUAUGGAUGCUGGGUUUCAAAAAACACAAGAGGGUCAGUGGAUGGCACCACUUCCAUUUCGAGAAAACAGGAUGAGCCUGCCAAAUAAUAAAGAAGCAGCUUUACGUCGUGCGAGAUCCUUCGAUGCUAGUAUCCAGCGUAAUGCCGAAAAACGUCAACAUGUGGUGGACUUUAUGCAGAAGUUAUUUGAUAAUAAUCAUGCAGAGACUGCUCCAGACCUGGUUGAAGGAAGCGAGUGUUGGUACCUUCCGCUGUUCGGGGUUUACCACCCCAAAAAGCCAGAAAGCAUACGAAUUGUGUUUGAUUCUUCUGCCAGAUUUCUGAAUGACGUAAUGCUCAAGGGACCAGAUCUUAGCAAUAGUUUACUUGGUAUUAUUCUACGGUUCAGGAAGGAGGCUGUUGCGGUAACAAUGGAUGUUGAGCAAAUGUUCUAUAACUUCAAAGUGACUCCUGAACAUCGAAACUUCCUGAGAUUUUUAUGGCAUGAGAACAAUGAUCCAGACCGUCCACUCACUGAUUACCAAAUGACAGUGCACGUCUUUGGUAAUAGUCCUUCGCCAUCCGUGGCUACCUACGGCCUUAGAAAGGCAGUUGAAUCAGCAAGUGCUGAUGUCAAAGACCUGGUGAUCAACAACUUCUAUGUUGAUGACGGCCUUUUAUCGUGUACAAGUGAGGAAGAAGCUGUUAGUCUUGUCCACAGGACAAAAGAUGCCUUGAGUGAAGGUGGAGCCUUACGACUGCACAAGUUUACAUCAAACAGAAGAGCAGUUCUUGAUUCCUUUGACCAAAGUGAUCUCGCAAAGAACCUUAAAGAUCUGGAUCUCGGUACAGCUUCCCUCCCACUGCAAAGAAGUCUAGGACUACUUUGGGACACCGAUGCAGACAUUUUUCUAUUUAAAGUCUCAAGUGAAGAGAAACCCUACACGAAACGAGGGGUGUUGUCAGUCAUAAACAGCAUUUAUGACCCCAUUGGUUUUGCACAGCCAGUAAUAAUUAAAGGAAAAUUACUUCUUAGGAACAUGAUGUCAUCUCCAGAAAAGUCUGAUUGGGACGAUCCCUUACCGGAAGCUCCGAGCAUACUUACACCAGCGACCUUACUAACCAUGAAAACUACUUCAGAUGUAUGUCCUUUUCCAAACUUUGAGAGAAAAGAAAUGAUUCGCUCACAUUGGAAACGUGUUCAAGGUCUUGCGGAUGAAUUUUGGAAAAGGUGGAAGAUGGAAUACCUACAGACCCUACAAGUGCGCAAGAAAUGGCAGGAGGACCAUCCAAAUUUGAAACCAGGAGACGUAGUCCUCAUGAAAGAUCGUGAGAGUGCCCGCAACGAUUGGCCUCUAGGAAUAAUCACAAAGGCAUUUAAGAGUGAAGAUGGCAAAGUUCGUAAAGUAGAACUUGAUCUUAUGAAAAACGGCGAGCGAGUUACUUAUGUGAGACCAAUUUCAGAGUUAGUUACUCUUUUAGAAGUAUAGAUAAUAUGACAUUUGUAGUAUCAUUUGCUAUGUGUGAUUUAUAACUCACCUGUGUGAGUAGAUAUUUUUAUUUGAAUGUAGUGAUUUCUAAUAGAAAUCAGAGGGGGAGUGUAGUGUCCGGAGAUUUCGUUUCCGGACGUUCUGUUUUUUCGUUGUAGUCUCGCUCUGUGUAUUCCCGCACUUUCGCGGCACAGAAUUUCUUUGUUGUUUUCCGAUGUCUUGCCCUCUCAUGGAGUAAGUUUUACAUAAUUAUGUUUCUUUUAGUUGUAUUUGUAUCUACUGAUCAUUUAUGCUAAACGUUAGGCCAGAAAACGUUUAUCUGUUGUGAAGUUUAGCUCGUGUGUACAAAAGUAUGGAGGACUAGAAUUGUCGUAAUUUUUCAUCUUUAUUCUGUAUCGGUGUUUUUUACGUAAACUAGUCAAUGAUGUUUUUCUAGUCCAGUCAAUAACUGUAUUUCAAAUUGUUUAUAACCUGUAACGGUUACUAUGUUUACUUUCUUUUUGCCUUUGUAACACUGUACCUUGUUUUGUUUGUAGUUUUUUACCCUCUUCCGAGAGGUUUGUGAAAUAAAAGCUUACAACAGCA